AUGGGCUUACUAACGCUUGGGACGCCAUUGUCAUGGAAUGAAAUAGUACCCUACGUUGAAUAUAUUAAAGAACACGGUAUUGCACAGUUCAUUGCUCUGUAUCAUCGAUUGAAAGGACGCGAAGGUGAUCAGCUGAAAUGGGGCGAUGAAAUUGAAUAUACAAUUGUUAAGUUUGAUGAUGACGCAAAGAAGGUUCGGGUAAGUUUACGGGCAGAAGAGCUUCUUAAUCAAUUGCAAGCUGGUGAAGAGUUGAAUGCAUUGUUGGGUAAUGAUAAUUGUUGCUUAUGGCGUCCAGAAUUUGCUGCAUACAUGAUUGAAGGAACACCGGGAGCACCAUAUGGAGGCCUGUUAGCAUGCUUUAAUGUAGUGGAAAGUAACAUGAUAUCUCGUCGAGCUGAAGUUACACGAUUGUUAAAAGGUGACGAAUCAGUUAUGUCAAUAUCAUUUCCAUCUCUGGGUACACCAGAUUUCACUUCACCUUCAUAUGAACCACGUCCUGAUGGUGAUAACAACUCUGGUUGUUCAAUAUUUUUCCCUGAUGAAGCAAUUUAUGCAGGACAUCCAAGAUUUCGGAAUUUGGUAAGAAAUAUCAAACAACGUCGUGGUGAAAAAGUUGCCAUAAAUGUACCAAUAUAUAAAGAUAUCAAUACACCUAAUCCAUAUCAGGAAAAUUUUGCGCAAGCAAAAGAUGGUGGUCAAUCUGCACGAGCAGCAAAACCAGAUCAUAUUUAUAUGGAUCAUAUGGGUUUUGGAAUGGGUUGUUGUUGUUUGCAAGUCACUUUUCAAGCUGUCAAUAUUGACGAAGCGAGAUGGUUAUAUGACCAGUUGACACCAAUAACGCCUGUAUUACUGGCAUUAUCAGCUGCUACACCUGUUUUUCGAUCACGAUUGGCUGAUGUUGAUUCUCGUUGGGAUGUCAUAUCAGCGAGUGUUGACGAUCGUACAGCUGAGGAAAGAGGGUUACUUCCAUUAAAGAAUAAUAAAUUUGUAUUGAAAAAAAGUCGAUAUGAUACUACUGAUUGUUAUAUCUAUCCCUGUUCUGAAUCAUAUAACGAUAUACCGCUUCAAUAUGACGACAAGAUUUAUAAGCAGUUAAUAGAUGGUGGAAUUGAUAACCUUCUUGCACAGCAUGUUGCGCAUAUGUUUACUCGUGAUCCUUUACAGGUAUAUCGUGAACGUAUAGAGCAAGAUGACAUGAAGACAACUGAACAUUUUGAAACAGUUCAAAGUUCAAAUUGGAUGAAUAUGCGUUUCAAACCACCUCCACCUGAUUCAGAAAUUGGCUGGCGUGUUGAAUUUCGACCAACUGAAGUGCAACUAACAGAUUUCGAAAAUGCAGCUUACUGUUGUUUUGUUGUACUUUUAACAAGGGUAAUGAUAUCAUUUCGUAUCACUUUGAUUUUGCCUAUUUCUGUUGUUACGGAGAAUAUGAAACGUGCACAGCGUCGAAAUGCCGUACUGGAACAAAAACUACUUUUCCGUAAACGUAUUGCAACUUGCAAUUCACCCCCAUGUGCAAAGGGAGCUGGUUGUACACUCGAUUCUGAUGAUGUGGUGGAGAUGACUGUCAAUGAAAUCAUCAACGGGAGCGGUGAAGAUUUUCCAGGAUUAAUACCACUAAUGCGCCAAUAUUUAGAUAGUGCUGAUGUUGAUGUGGAUUCACGAUGCACCGUAUCUCAGUAUUUAAGCUUUAUACAGAAACGAGCUUCUGGCGAGCUGCAAACAUUGGCUGCUUGGAUGCGUGAGUUUAUUUGUAAACAUCCCGACUACAGACACGACUCAUAUGUAGGAGAUCGUAUUAUCUACGACAUGUUAAAAAAGAUGGAUAGCAUAUCAAAAGGAUUAGUGUGCUGUCCAGAGUUACUGGGUGAUUAUCGUACAAGGACAGAUUCACGUAUACCGAUGGCAGUUCGUCGAGCCGAAGAAAAUUUGAUUGUGAGCCAUAAACAAACUCAAUAA